AUGGCCUCCGUACCCACCGGAAAGUCGGGCGACGAGCUCGACCCGCGCAACGCCACCAACGCCAACGAGAGCGUGGCAGCGGCCCAGGCAGCCAACCAGACCGGCCAGCAGGACCAGCAGCUCUCGCCAACAAACGAAAAGAACGGCCCGAGCGAUGCGCACUCGAGCGACUCGACAAAGGCGGUUCCCGUGUCCAAGGACAGCGGAGACGGCCCAGAGAUCUCCAUGUCCGAUGCCCUCACCCGCUCCUACGCCUACCCGAUGUCUUCGGUGCUCCGGGCGCUCGGCGUCCAGGACACCGACCACGGUCUCGACGACUCGACUGUGGCCGGCCGCAAGCAGGAGUUCGGACCCAACCAGCUCGAGGGCAGCGACGAGAUCAGCAUCUUCAACAUCAUCAUGCACCAGAUCGCCAACGCUAUGACCUUGGUCCUCAUCCUCGCGAUGGGAGUCUCGCUCGGAAUCAAGUCGUGGAUCGAGGGAGGCGUCAUUGCCGGCGUCGUUGCCAUCAACAUCUUCGUCGGCUUCUUCCAGGAGCUCUCUGCGGAAAAGACGAUGAACGCGCUCCGCAGCCUGGCCUCGCCCACCGCCCGCGUCCUCCGCAACGGCUCCGCCAGCACCGUGCCCGCCAACGAGGUCGUGCCCGGCGACAUCAUCGAACUGACCACCGGAGACACGGUGCCCGCCGACGCUCGGCUCAUCGACUCGAUGAACUUUGAGACCGACGAGGCCCUCCUGACGGGAGAGUCGCUGCCCGUCUCCAAGGACCACAACCUCAUCUUCGAGGGCGAGGAGGUGGGCGUGGGCGACCGCCUCAACAUGGCCUACACCAGCUCCACCGUCUCCAAAGGCCGCGCCACCGCCAUCGUCAUUGGCACGGGCAUGAACACCGAGAUUGGCAAGAUCGCCGAUGCACUGCGCGGCGCGGCCAAGGCGCAAAAGAUCCGCCAGGUCAAGAAGAACGCCUACGGCAAGGCGGGCCCGCACCGCUACGUCCAGGCGGGCGCCCUCACCGUGUGGGACAAGAUCGGCAACUUCCUCGGCCUCAACAAGGGCACGCCGCUGCAGAAGCGCCUGUCGCAGCUCGCCAUCGGCCUCUUCCUCGUCGCCGUCCUGUUUGCCAUCAUCGUCUUCCUCUCCAACAACUGGACCGACACCGAGGUCAUCAUCUACGCCGUCGCCACCGGUGUCUCGAUGAUCCCGGCCUCGCUGACCGCGGUGCUCACCAUCACCAUGUCGAUGGGCAGCAAGGCCAUGGUCAAGCGCAACGUCGUCGUCCGCAAGCUCGACUCGCUCGAGGCGCUCGGCUCGAUCAACGACAUCUGCUCGGACAAGACGGGCACGCUGACCCAGGGCAAGAUGGUCGUCCGCCGCGCCUGGGUCCUCGCCACCGGCACCUACAGCGUCUCGGAGACCAACGAGCCCUUCAACCCGACGCUCGGCGAGGUCUCCGUCGACGACGUCGAGCCGCGCGACGUCAAGAAGGACGCCGCGCCCACCACCGGCGAGGUCCUCGCCUCCGGCGGCAAGUCGAACAAGGUCGAGGGCAACGCGCCCUUCAAGGACUUUAUGGACGUCGCCUCGCUCUGCAACCUGGCCACCGUCUUCAAGGACAAGGAGACCCACGAGUGGACCGCCCACGGCGACCCGACCGAGUGCGCCAUCCAGACGUUUGUCACGCGCUUCGGCUGGGGCCGCACCAAGCUGACCAAGGGCGUCGAGGCCGACAAGGGCGACACGGAAAAGACCGAAGGCCGAUGGACCCAGAUCGCCGAGUACCCCUUCGACAGCGGCGUCAAGCGCAUGGCCGUCACCUACUCGGACAAUCGCAGCGGCAAGAACUACGCCAUGAUGAAGGGCGCCGUCGAGCGCGUCCUCGACGCCUGCGUCUCGGCCCAGGGACCGGACGGCAUCGUCGACUUCACCGAGGAGCUCCAGAACCGAACGCUCGAGAACAUGGAGGCGCUGGCCGAGCAGGGCCUCCGAGUCCUCGCCCUCGCCCACCGCGAGCUGAGCGGCGCCGAGGCCGACAAGGGCGGCGAGCUGGAGCGCGAAAAGGUCGAGUCCAGGAUGGUCUUCCUGGGUCUCGUCGGCCUCUACGACCCUCCCCGCCCCGAGACGGCCGGCGCCGUGCGCAAGUGCAAGGAGGCCGGCAUCACGGUGCGCAUGCUGACCGGUGACCACCCGGGAACCGCCAAGGCCAUCGCACUCGAGGUCGGCAUCGUGCCCCGCAACACCAAGCGCUACUCGGAGCGCGAGGUGCACAGCAUGGUGAUGACCGCCUCGCAGUUCGAUAAGCUCUCCGACGACCAGAUCGACCAGCUCCCGCAGCUGCCCCUGGUCAUUGCCCGGUGCGCGCCGCAGACCAAGGUGCGGAUGAUUGAGGCGCUCCACCGCCGCGGCAAGUUCUGCGCCAUGACUGGCGACGGCGUCAACGACUCUCCCUCGCUCAAGAUGUCGGACGUCGGCAUCGCCAUGGGCCAGAACGGCAGCGACGUGGCCAAGGACGCCUCGGACAUUGUGCUCACCGACGACAACUUUGCGUCGAUCUGUAACGCCAUCGAAGAGGGACGGAGGAUGGCCGACAACAUCACCAAGUUUGUCUGCCACCUGCUGGCCCAGAACGUGGCCCAGGCCGCGGUGCUCCUCAUCGGCCUCGCCUUCAAGGACGUCACGGGCCUCUCGGUCUUCCCGCUGAGUCCCGUCGAGAUCCUCUACAUCAUCAUGGUCACCUCGGGCUUCCCGGCCAUGGGCCUCGGCAUGGAGCGCGCCUCGAUCGACGUCAUGAAGCGGCCGCCGCGCGACAACAAGUGGGGCAUCUUCUCCCCCGAGAUGAUCCUCGACCUGUUCGUCUAUGGCUUCUGGAUGGCCGCCCUCUGCCUCGCCACCUUCACCCUCGUCGUCUUCCGCUGGGGCCAGGGCGAGCUGGGCCUCAACUGCAACAGCAAUAACGGCGACAACUGCGACGUCGUCUUCCGCGGCCGCGGAGCCACCUUCUCGGUCAUGACGUGGUUCUCGCUGCUGCUGGCGUGGGAGAUUAUCGACCUGCGCCGCUCCUUCUUCAACAUGCACGACGACGGAAAGUGGUACAACCAGUUCCUCAAGGACACCUGGGGCAAGAACAAGUUCCUCUUCUUCUGCGUCACGCUCGGCUUCAUCUCGGUCUUCCCCAUCCUCUACAUCCCGGGCCUCAACGACGUCGUCUUCCUCCACAGCGGCAUCUCGUGGGAGUGGGCCAUCGUCUUUAUCUGCACCCUCCUCUUUGUCGGCGGCAUCGAGUCGUGGAAGUGGGGCAAGCGCGUCUACCUCCGCCGCAAGGAGGUCGACACCUCGAAACUCAUCGACGAGGAGAUGGGCGAGGGCAGCGACGACGGCGACGACACCGAGGCGCGCCUCUCGGAGAAGCCGGCCUCGCAGCAAAAGCAGCACAAGCAGGGGGGCCAGGCCAAGCUGCCCCAGUCCCAGACGAUGGACAGCGAGGUGACGCGGGCCUAA